CUUUAUAUUUCAGCCCGCUUCUUGACCGUUACCUCUUCGCCAGUGACCAGUGAUCGGCAAAGAAGAGAGAAAGAAACAGAGAGGACUUGUAUCAGUUUUCUCUGUUGCAUUGAUUUGAUAUUUUUAUUCUUGUGCGAGAUCCGGAAAGCGAUUUUCUUUCUCAGAUUUGAAGAAGAAAGAAGAAUAGGAUCAUAUGGAUUCACCUCAAACAAAAAGUGGGCUCAAUCUCCCAGCUGGAAUGACCCAAAGGUCGCUUCGGCUCGAGACGUUUUCGGGUUCUUUUCGGGCGAUAUCGAGCCUCUCCUCGCCUUCCAAAACCUCUACUUGCAGCGACAGAUUCAUUCCCUGUAGAUCCUCUUCCAGGCUGCACACAUUUGGGCUGAAUGAAAAGGCUUCCCCUGUGAAGGAAGGGGCUAACGAGGCGUAUUCCAGGUUGUUGAAAUCCGAGCUUUUUGGGUCUGAUUUUGCUUCUUUUUCUCCUGCUGCAGGUUCCCAAGGCCAAGGCUCCCCAAUGAGUAGUCCCAGCAAGAACAUGCUCAGGUUCAAGACCGAUCACUCCGCCCCUAAUUCUCCUUAUUCCCCUUCCAUUUUCAGCCAAGAUCCCGCUUUUCCUUCCGAAAUCUCGACCCCUCCGAAGCCGCCUCGGAAAGUCCCCAAGACCCCACAUAAGGUUCUUGAUGCUCCCUCGCUUCAAGAUGACUUCUACUUGAAUCUUGUAGAUUGGUCCUCACAGAAUGUGUUGGCCGUGGGACUUGGAACUUGCGUUUACUUAUGGAGUGCAUCAAACUGCAAGGUCACUAAGUUAUGCGAUUUGGGACCCAAUGAUGGUGUGUGCUCAGUUCAAUGGACCAGAGAGGGUUCCUACAUAUCGAUUGGUACAAAUCUUGGCCAAGUCCAGAUAUGGGAUGGGAGUCAGUGCAAGAAAGUUAGAACCAUGGGAGGGCAUCAAACAAGAACAGGAGUGUUGGCAUGGAAUUCUAGGAUAUUAGCAUCUGGAAGCAGAGACCGUAAUAUUCUUCAACAUGACCUACGCGUUUCUAGUGAGUUUGUGAACAAGCUCGUAGGCCAUAAAUCUGAGGUAUGUGGGUUAAAAUGGUCAAACGAUGACAGAGAGCUGGCCUCCGGUGGAAAUGACAAUCAGCUGUUGGUAUGGAACCAGCAUUCGCAGCAGCCUGUUUUGAGACUGACGGAGCACACGGCUGCAGUUAAGGCGAUCGCCUGGUCGCCGCACCAGAGUGGCCUUCUUGCAUCCGGUGGGGGAACUGCGGACCGAUGCAUUCGAUUCUGGAAUACUGCAAAUGGCCACCAGUUGGAGUCUGUCGACACUGGAAGCCAGGUUUGCAAUCUGGCAUGGAGUAAAAACGUAAAUGAACUUGUGAGCACGCAUGGGUAUUCCCAGAACCAGAUUAUGGUGUGGAAGUAUCCAUCAAUGGGGAAGGUUGCUACUCUAACUGGACACACGAUGAGGGUGUUGUACCUUGCAAUGUCACCCGAUGGCCAGACAAUUGUAACAGGUGCUGGAGAUGAAACUCUUCGGUUCUGGAAUAUCUUCCCAUCAAUGAAAACACAGACACCAGUCAGAGAUACGGGCCUUUGGUCGCUCGGGCGAACCCAGAUUCGGUGAUGAAUGCCUCACAUCAUCACAUAGGGAAGCCAAUUUUAUUCAUUCGUUUGUAAAUGCAGUUUGAUCCUGGCUCUGGAAUUUCCACACAAUUUUAUUCAAAGAGUAACAGUGCGGUUGAACAAUGAACAGUGAAGAGUAUUCUCUCUGAUUUGUAGAGAGUAUGAUAUUGUUUGUAUUCUGAUUGUAAAGUAUAUGAAUAAGAGUGUUCUUUUUUGGUUCUUGGUUCA